CACGAGUCCCAGAAUGCAACGCGCCUACACGCUAUUACGGCCGAGCAUGCGCUGUUAGCGGUUCCGGGGCACGUGGGGUCCGCUUCCAGCCCCGGGCAGCGGGGCCAUGGCCGCCCUCCUCCGAGCUGUGCCGGGGUUGCCAAGGCCAGGUGCGUGGGGGAGGCCUCUGUACGGGGUGUGCCUCUGCAGUGGGCAGGACCCUGGAAGGUGGGUGGGGAGCAGGCUGCCCGCCUCGAAGGAGAAGCCCCCAGGAACAGACACCGAGAAAUUCCAGAUGGUCUACCGGUUUCAUGCCAUCAGAGCCGUUGGGGUCUUGUCUCGGCUGAAGGUGGCGCAGACAGCGCUGACGGUGAUGGCCCUGCCGCCCGGCCUCUACUGUUACUCCCAGGGCCUCAUGGCUUUCAACGCCCUGUGCCUCGCGGGCGGGAUCGCUGGCUUCGCGCUGGCCAUGCUGUAUUGGAUGAGCUAUUUCUUCCGGAGGCUGGUGGGCAUCCUGUACGUGAACGAGUCCGGCACUGUGCUGCGGGUGGCCCACCUGACCUUCUGGGGCCGGCGGCAGGACACGUACUGCCCCGUGGCCGAUGUGAUCCCCCUGACGGAAAGCGAGGACCGGCCCCAGGAGGUGUUCGUGCGCAUCCAGCAGUAUAGUGGGAAGCAGACCUUCUACCUCACCCUGCGCUACGGACGCAUCCUGGACAGAGAGCGGUUCACGCAGGUGUUUGGGAGGCUGCACGCACUCAAGUGAACUGGGAGCCAGGCCUCUGGGUAGCCCUGGGCCACCUGGAUCUGCAGCGGGAAGGCCCGAGGUGUGGGCGAGGCUGCAGGAGGGGAUCAGGCAGCUGGAGAUGUUGCCAGGGCUCCCGGGAACUUGUCUUUUGGGGAUGAAAAAAUUCAUGAGGCAGGAACUGGUAACCAGAUUUGAGAGAGAGGACCUUAGUGCAUAUUCUUACUGCACUUGUGUGUGACAUCCAGCCCGAAGUUUCUGUUAAGAGCCACUUCUUGGAGGCAACGACACCAGGUUCCCUGAAGCAGUACAGUGCUGUGAAAUGGGAAGACAGGUGGCAGGGGGUGCACGGGCUUCAGGUGGCAGGAUUUGCAGUCAGAAGGCCUAGGUUCUGUCAGUUCUCCCCACCCCAGGCAGAUUAUCGGGUCUCUUUGAAUCUUGGCCUUCACAUAUGUGGAAGGGAAUAUCCUGCCUGUACCAUGGGGUGGCUGUGAGAGAAAACAGUAAAUGUCAGGGUUAGUUUGGAGCUGGUGGUGUGGUGAAAGGCUUCCAGGCAGUCAUUCCGGGCAGGGAUUUCCCAAGCCCUGUGCUGGGCACCCCCCGACCCAGCAGCUGAAGGGACUGCGCUGAAGUCUAGAGGUGGGUCAUUUCAUCCUGCCAGGGUGGUAACUGCGCAGCGACUGGGGUGGGAUAGGAUGGGUGUCACCCGAGGGCGCACAGCACCCUUGCCGAGGUCGGGCUCACCAUCCAGAGGUCUUAGAGGCUCCUACGUUGGAAGGCUUUGCAAUGUGAUGAGGACAGACGAACUGUGUGCCAUCCUGUUAUUUUAUAAACUAAAGCCAGUUAUAUACAUGCAGUGCCCCUGCGCCCUGUAAUUAGAAUUACUCGUUUGUCACACAGUCCGGAAGGCAUGAUCUUUAUGAUUCUGCCACUCAAAAGCCAAUACCUGUUUUGUUGUGUGGACUUCCAGUCUUUUUUUUUUAUUGUAGUAAAAUACACAUAAUGUAAAGUUAUCUUUUUAACCAUUUUUAAGUGUAGAGUUCAGGAGUGUUAAGUAUAUUUUACAAGGUUGUGCAAUCAUCACCAUCAUCCAUUUCCAGAACUAUUUCUUCAUCUCAAACGGAAACUCUGAACCUGUUAAACAUCCACUUCCCAUUCCCUUUCCCUCCCGCCCUUGGCAACUGCCAAUUUCCUUUCUGCCUCUAUGUAUGGGUUUACCUAUUCUGGGUAUUGUGUAUCAAUGGACUGUACACCA